AUGGCUUCAUCCGCAAAAAUGGAUAUGAUUACUGACAUAGGUGUCACCAAAGAAGAGUUUGAGAAUACGUACGGAAAUCUUGCUGAUAUAUUUCGCUUACCUUUCCCUGUGAGGCGUGAUAAGAUUAGCAUCAAACCUCCGAAUCCUAAAGGAACUGCUGAAGAUGACCGGGUCCCUCGUGAUAAAUCGCUGUUGCGUCUUACCGGUGUUCAACCCUUUAACGCGGAAGCUCCCCUUGAUCAGCUUUAUGACUGUGGAUUUCUUACCAAAGUUGGCUUACAUUAUGUUCGAAAUCAUGGUGGUGUCCCAAAAAUCAGCGAGGACAUCAUGAACUGGGAAGUUGAGGUCGGUGGAAUGGUUGAGCAUCCGUUCAAGUUCAAACUUAAGGAGAUUAUCAGUGACUAUGAUAUUUACACAGUCCCGGUGUCGCUUACAUGUGCUGGAAACAGGCGUAAAGAGCAAAAUAUGGUGAAAAGAGGAACCGGGUUCAAUUGGGGUUCUGCUGGGACUUCGACAUCUCUUUGGACUGGGUGUAUGAUGCGGGAUAUCAUGUUAAAGGCAAAGCCAAAGAAUGCUGCACGUUUUGUUUGGAUGGAGGGUGGUGACAAUCCAGCAAAUGGACCUUACGGAACAUCUGUCCGAUUGUGUUGGGUUAUGGAUCCUGAAAGGUCGAUAAUGCUCGCGUAUAAGCAAAACGGUAGCUUUUUAUCUCCUGAUCAUGGUAGACCAUUUAGAGCAAUUAUCCCUGGUGUUAUUGGAGGACGCUCGGUUAAAUGGUUAAAAAAAAUAAUUAUCAGCGAUGUUCCAUCUAAUAAUUGGUAUCAUUACUUUGAUAACAGGGUUUUGCCAACUAUGGUUACUCCAGAAGAGGCCAAAAAGAAUAAACAGUGGUGGAAAGAUGAAAGGUAUGCCCUUUAUGAUAUGGCAGUGCAAAGUGCGAUUUGGAAGCCAUCAAACAAUGAGACAGUUACAGUUGAUGGUGAAGAUGAUGAUAAUACAGUUAGUGUAUCUGGUUAUGCAUCUAAUGGUGCAGGUGUCCGUGUGGGAAGAGUGGAAGUCAGUCUUGAUAAAGGAAGAACCUGGAAACUAGCAGAUAUUGAUUACCCUGAAGAUAGAUAUCGUGAGGCAGGACACAUUAGACUAUUCGGAGGAUUGGUUAACGUUUGUGAUAGAAUGAGUUGUCUCUGUUGGUGCUUCUGGAAAAUUAGUAUAGCUAAAAAAGAGCUUUUUGUUGCAAAAGAUAUCGUUGUUAGAGCUAUGGAUGAAAGAAUGUGCAUUCAGCCACGUGACAUGUAUUGGAAUGUGACCUCAAUGAUGAAUAACUGGUGGUAUAGAGUGGCUAUUCGCAAGGAUGGUCCAAAUGUCAUUCGGUUUGAACACCCGGUCUUGGCUAAUAAGAAAGGGGGGUGGAUGGAUAGAGUUAAAAGUGAGGGUGGUGACUUUCUUGAUGGAAAUUGGGGUGAGAAUGAUGGAGCUGGUUUUGGAAGAUCUGAUUCUACCAGACGAAAACCCGUUGUGGAUACUGACUUACAAUUAAUCUCAAACCCAGAGAAAAUGAAGGUGAUUAUCACUAAAGAGGAAUUCGACAAGCAUGGUAAGAAUAUAUCGGACUCUAAUUUGAACCCUUGGUUCUUAGUGAAAGGUCUUGUGUUUGAUGGGUCGUCGUUCCUUGAUGAUCAUCCAGGUGGAGCAGAGGCCAUUCUUGGAGUUACUGGAGAGGAUGCGACAGAUCAGUUUAUGUCUAUUCAUUCGGAUGAUGCGAAAAAGAUGCUAGCAACUAUGCAAGUUGGCGUUUUGGAAGGUUUCUCGCAAGACACAAAUGAUAACGAAGAAAAUGGUGAUUUGACCCCCGGUGCCACGUUCCUUCGUCCAAAGUUUUGGAAAAAAGUGGAACUAAUCUCCAGAGAGGAUGUCAGUGAAGACAGCGCCAUUUUUACGUUUAAACUUGAGACUCCUGAGCAAAAGUUUGGAUUGCCUGCCGGAAAGCACGUGUUCGUGAAAAUGAAUAGCUUACAAGGAAAAUCAGUGGUUCGGACCUACACGCCAAUUUCCGAUGAUUCAUUGCUUGGAAAGAUGCAACUCCUUAUCAAAAUUUAUAGACCAAAAGGUGAUUUUCAAGGUGGAAAACUAACCAGCGCUCUUGAUUUACUCAAGGUUGGUGAAAGCAUAGAGGUUAAGGGACCGUUUGGACCCUUUAGUUACAAUGGUAACGGAAAUUACGAGCUAAAGCCAAAGGUUGAAAAUCAUGCUGAUAAUAUUUUGAUGGUUUCUGGUGGCUCCGGAAUUACCCCAAACUUUGUGGUUGCCAAACGUAUUUUAUCUGACUGCGAGAAAGAUCACACAAAAAUGUGUCUUGUUUCCUGUAAUAACAAUGAAUGCGAUAUUUUACUAAGACCUCAAUUGGAAGAAUAUGCAAGGAAAUAUCCGAAUUCAUUUAGUGCUGUUUAUUUUCUUUCGAAUAAGAGAACUAUCAGACCCGAUUGGGAUGGAUAUGUUGGCUAUGUUAAUGGGGAUGCCCUUGAUAAGAUUACACAAGAUUGGAAAAUUGAUUCGACACUUGUUCUUUGCUGUGGUCCUCCUCCAAUGAAUAAUGCUGUUAAAGCAUGGGCCGAACAAAAAGGUAUCUUAGAUGAUCAUUUGUUUUCUUUUUAA